AACAUUCGCAGAGGGCACACACACACACGCACCCAGAGACACAUAUUCCCUCACACACACUCACAGCUGUUGAUACUUCUCUCCCUCUCGCGAACGCCGGGACAACUGAGGAGUCCGCAGCGAUCUAGGAGAAUCUGCUGUCUGCUGGCAGCUUGACGGCGGAGCAUCUAUAUGGAAAAUCUGCAAGUGGACAGACUGGUUCUCUGACCGGGUGCCUGGCUCUCACUUACUUUCAGUGCCAUCCUGCUCUUUUUCUUUCACUUGUCUCUCCCGGCUUCUCUCUGUUGGAAUUUAAGCGCAAGACGGCGAGCAGCAGCAGCGGAAAACAGAGACAUGUGUUUUGCCUCUGCUGCCUACUACUACUGCCUGUUCUCUCCCAUUGACUGACCAAACAGGAGACACAAGGUGAAAGUCAGAGCGGCAGCCAUAGAGCAAACGAGUGACGUGAAGCAGGCAUGAGUGCGAACAGCCAUCAGGAGGUGGUGACCACUCCUCCACCGGCCAGCGGGGGGAACAAGGAGCGCUACUUCGACCGGAUCGACGUCAACGAUCCGGAGUACAUCAGGGCCAGGAACAUGUCGCCUGACCUCCGACAAGACUUUAAUGUCCUGGAGCAGAAGAAACGUGUCACACAGAUACUACAGAGCCCCGCUUUCAAGGAGGAGUUGGAAUGUCUGAUCCUGGAGCAGCAGCGGAAAGGGAACAACCCCACUGGCCUGCUGGCCCUCAGGCAGAUCGCAGACUUCUUCAUGGCCAGCUCAGUGGCCGGCUUCAGCACCUCCCCCCUCAGUCUGGGGAUGGUCACUCCAAUCAACGACAUGUACGGAGUGGAAUCGACCACGCUGGUGAAAGGCGAGAAGCUGACACGCUGUAAACUGGCCAGCCUCUACAGACUGGUGGACCUGUUCAGCUGGGCACACUUCGCCAACUCCUACAUCACAGCCCGAGUCAGUAAAGAGCAAGACCACAUUCUCAUCAUCCCCAGAGGACUAUCAUUUGCUGAGGCGUCCGCGUCAAACCUGGUGAAGGUCAACAUCAUCGGGGACGUGAUUGAACAGGGCUCCACCAACCUGAGGAUCGACCCCGCAGGGUUCAGCCCCCAUGCUGCCAUCUACUCCAUGCGUCCGGACAUCCGCUGCAUUAUACACGUGCACACGCCCGCCACGGCGGCUGUCUCAUCUAUGAAGUGCGGGAUCCUGCCCAUUUCACAGGAGGCGCUGAUCUUGGGCGAUAUCGCCUACUACAACUACCAGGGGAGUCUGGAUGACCAGGAGGAGCGCAGAGAGCUGCAGAAGGCCCUGGGGCCUACAGCGAAGGUUUUGGUGUUGAGGAAUCAUGGCGUGGUUGCUCUUGGGGAGACGAUCGAAGAGGCCUUUCACUACAUCUACAACGCCCAGUAUGCCUGCGAGAUCCAGGUGAAUGCCAUCUCAUGUGCUGGAGGUGUGGACAACCUUAUAGUGCUGGAUCAGGAGAAGUACAAAUCGCGAGUGUUUGACGUGGCCACGGCGGCUGCUGUCAACAUGGCUGGUCAAUACAAGUGGAAGAUUGGCGAGCUGGAGUUUGAGUCUCUGAUGAGGAUGCUGGAUAAUCUGGGCUACAGGACAGGUCACGCCUACCGGCACCCCAUCGUCCGGGAGAAGCCCAGGCACAAGAGCGAGGUGGAGAUCCCUGCCACCGUCACGGCAUCUAUGUUCGAGGAGGACGGCGACGCUGCCACGCGGCUGCCCUUCAAGUUCCUGCAGCAGCGGCAGCAGAGGGAGAAGACCCGCUGGCUCAACUCACCCAACAGCUACACCAAGGUCAACGUGGAGGGCGGAGAGGAGCGCUACAACAGCCGGACAACCACGUGGAUGAAGGCGGAGGAGACUGGGACCCCGAUCCGGAUCGAGGACCCCAAUCAGUUUGUCCCUCUCAACACAGACCCCAGUGAGGUGCUACAGAAGAGAACCAAAAUCAGGGAGCAGAACCGGUUUGACGUUAUGACAUCGGGGCCGCGCUCUCAGCACCUUGCAGGAAUCCCUGUUGAUGAACCUCGACGGGAUCUGGUGCAGAUAAAGGUUCUGCCAUACGUGCCCACAGAGGAGGAGCAGAUGGCUCCGCUGCCUCCCAACCCUUUCAGUGAGCUGUCAGAGAAGGAGCUGGAAGAGUACCGCAAAAACGUGGAGAGGAGACAACUGGGCCUCAGCGAUGGCGAGCACGAGCUAACCUCCGACGACGGCUCCACUCUCUCUCAGUCUCUGUCUCUCACCCAGUCGCCGCAAAGCACUCCAGCUAAAGAAGAGAACCACACGGGCCUGAUGAACGGCAAAGGCGACCACGGCGACCAUGUGGAUGAGGAGCUGUCGAAGCGCGUCAGCCAGCUGACCACCAGCGUGGAGAGCGUGGAGAUCACGGUGCGCUCCGGCGAGAAGAUCGAGGAGGCCCUGUCCCCCGAGAGCUCUCCCUCCAAGUCUCCCAACACCAAGAAGAAGAAGAAGUUCCGCACCCCGUCCUUCCUGAAGAAGAACAAAAAGAAAGAGAAGACGGAGGCCUGAGAGCAACAGCAAGCAGCGGGGGCGAAGCAGACAGGAAGAGCGUCCGCCUGAAAGAAGAGAGAGGGGCAGCAGCCCGCUUCUGUUUAACGUCUGUGUUUUUAUUUUGUCUUUGUUUUAAAUGUCCUUUUAUGUUUUUAAUUUUAUUUGAUUUUUUUUUAACAAAAGGUUUUAUGUGCAAAAGGCAGAGGAAAGGAUUUCUCAAUUGUCUGUUGUAAAGAAAAAAGAAAAAUGUGUCUCCUUCUGCAACAAGUUAGACGUGUUUGGGAGAUGUUGGGGUGGGUGUAUCGGUCCACAGAUUAAAACUGCAGCAGACGGGGGGUGACUUGUUCAGGUGGUCUGAUCACCUGAUCCCUUACUCAGCGCUCUAACAGGGCUCCUUGGAAGUGUCAUUUGAGGCCAUUUAGACCCUGAAUAAGUGGCUUUUUUUUUUUGUUUUAUCCUAAGCUGAAAACAGAACUUGAAACCACCUUGCGUUUUUCUUGCUUCAAAAUCCAACUUUUGUGAAACGACUGGAUUGCGGCGUGAGUGUCGUAAAGCUGCACAAGUUGAAAGUUAACCCUUUGUUUCCCGUAAAGACACGCCUGUCUCGUUAAGGUUUCGUUUUUACACUCUGCUCACCUGACUCUGCGUAGGCCACGUAAGAUUUAAAGUCGCACUGGAAAGGGUCACAGAAAAACAGCCACAGGGUUGGUGAUGAUUUAUUCACAGUGAGAGGAGAUCUCUUCCCUCAUGUGGCUCCCUCGCAUUCUUCGAGCUACUUCAGGCUUUUGGUACAAACGUAUCUCCUCAAGGGUUACUAGGGAUAGUGAGGCUGAAGGCUGGCAGUCUAUCACAACUCAGAAUAUUUAUGUAGCAUCUUGUUCUCUUCAUCUCAGUACUUUUUUUUUUUUUUUGCCAAAUGGAAUGGAGAAAAAAAAAACAAUCUCAUUUUAGUAAAACUACUUUAAUCUCUACUUUCUCAUCUCAUGAAAUUGGAUCUUUUCUUACUGAGCACAAGUUUGUUAUGAGUCGACUCGGUUUUGUACUCGUUUCUAGUCUUCUCCAGAGAAUACCUACCGAUACGUUCCGCAUGUUUUCUCGUUUUGCAAGAAGCGAACUUACGUGGCUGACUGUGUUCUGUAGUGAUGCCUGAUUGCUCAAAGUAUAUUGUAAUCCUCAGAGUACACAAAGUUACUAUAUAACACAGAUAUAUGAAAACUGGAUAUGUUGGCUAUAGAUUUUUAACUAUAUAUAUAUUUUUUAAUUGUAUUGUGCAGCACUUUUCUUGUGGUAUAUAACACAUAUUAGUUGCAGGUGGUUUCACCAGUGAAGGAGAUUGCGAAGUAUUUGGUAAAAGUUGUGCAAGUAGGGAGCGAGGCGCGGCGUCGGAGAACGGUUGGGAAAGUGAGUCGAACGAAGAAGGAAAGACUGAAUAAUCUUUCAUUGGUGUCCCGAAAAGAUUUCUACGUCUCAAAUAUUGUUUUUUGUUUGUUUAGUUGUUGUUGUUUUUUUCCCCCUGAAAUACCACGUCAAACUAUCAACCGAGGCUAAUGGGUCGUGGAGCGGAGACGUUUUUUUUUGUUUGGUGUGUGUGUUCUUAAAGCCAUAUUGUAAUUUUUUUUCCUCCAUAAUUUUAAUAAGACAUGCGUAGGCGACUCUCAACUGCCUGCUCAGGCGGCACGGACCCGAACAAGACCUCUGUUAAAUCACCCCAGUGACUGCAUCGACACCCCUCAGGCUCCCAAAACUUUAUUUUUUCCCCCAUUAGCUACAUUCACAGCAGCUUCCUUGCUCAAACUGCCAUUUAUUUCCUCCAAGAACUGGAACAUUGUAGGGAGGUCAUAAGGCCAUUUUUAUUCUUUAUUCGAUCGCUCUUCCAGUCCGGUCAUUAUUUUCAGCUUCUAAAGCCUCCCCUCGUGUAAUCUUUCUAGUAAACAAGAUCGAGUUGUAACUGUCAGAUGACCCACGGUUGAACUCUGCAAAGCCAAAGUGUGAUGGGUUGCCACAUACCCUCUACCCCACCCCCACCCAUGCAGUUUAACCACAUGUACCAAUAUCCCAGCUAGCAAUGUGAAGUAUUGGAUUUGGAAGGAGGGCGGUAGGGUUCCAGGGGCCGCAUCUUUAGCUGUGUUAAACGAUCGCUUCUGGCUCUGGGCAAAGAGCCGAGGUCACACGACUAAAGGAUGAAGAAGGGAGGUGUGAGUUUGGAAAUGGAAGUGCAUGUGUGUGUGUAGUCGAGAGGGGCAAGGGGACAAGGACAACCUGACACUAACGCACCACGUUUUUAUCACUCGGACAGUCUUUUCUUUUUUUCUUUCAUAACAUCUUUGCUCCUGGAAGUUGCUUUUUUUUGGCUUAUUUUCAUCCUCCAUUUGUAUCUCAAUACACUUUCCUCUUUUAGUUUGCAGAGAGCUCUAGGCUUUUAUUUCUCAUUUUUUUAAUAACCAUUUUAUGAGCAGAAAUUGCUCCCAGAUGAACUGAAUGUGCAUUGCAUCCUUUUUACUUUCUCCUCUUUGUGUUUCCGACUGUUUGCACCUUGCUCUACUAAUGCCUCUCUAUUCAUCUUUUAUUUUCAGUUUUAAGAAGAAAAAAAAUGAGAAAAAAUAAAUAAAUAAAAAAGAAUGAGUUUUGCUUUGGCAUGCCAGAAUGAGCCAAGCUACUUUGUGACCUGUGAAAAUCCUAUAUAAAUGGUUAUCUAAUGGAGUUGCUUUUAGAUGUAUUGCUAAUCCGUGUAAAUUCACAAAUAAAACUGUAUUUUAAGAAA